ACGGCGUAACAGCGCCAGCGCGUCGGCGAAUACCCGUUCAUCACACUGUCUGUUAUUUGGAGGAGGCACUUCUCCGCUAAUACAACGCCGACCUGGUCAGACAGUAGUGAGAUCUGUAGCUGAAAUAUCGCCAUGGCAGCGCUGUCGGGCGGAGAGCGGUGCAUCAAGUUUCUGAUGUUCGCCUUCAACCUGGUCUUCUGGCUUGCAGGCACUGCUGUAAUGGCUAUAGGUCUGUGGUUGAGACUGGACUCAAAAACCAAAGCCCUGUUUGAAGGACCAGAUUCUCCAUAUAUGUUUUACACAGGUGUUUAUAUCCUAAUUGGAGCUGGAGUGCUUAUGAUGGUGGUGGGCUUCCUGGGAUGUUGUGGGGCAAUCCAGGAGUCACCAUGGAUGCUGGGGCUGUUCUUCUUCUUCCUGCUGAUCAUAUUUGCCAUUGAGAUAGCAGCUGGAUUCUGGGGAUUUUCAAACCAGAGCAAGGUGGUGAAUGACAUCAGUGCGUUCUACAGACAGACAUACGAUGAGUACAAAAAAACAAGAGAUGAGCGUCUCAAAGAUACACUGCGUUUGAUCCAAAACGGGUUGAACUGCUGUGGCCCCAACGGUAUCAUAAAAGAAACUGAACCAGACCUUUGUCCCCAUGCAGGGGACAAAGGUCUUGACAGGUUCAUUAUGAAGAGCUGUCCUGAUGCCAUCGACGAGGUGUUUGACUCUAAGUUACACAUUAUUGGAGGAGUAGGAAUCACCAUUGGAGUUGUUAUGGUGUUCGGGUUGAUCUUUAGCAUGCUCCUAUGCUGUGCCAUCAGGAAAUCUCGGGAGGUGGUGUGACACCCACUGGAAGUUAUUGUUAUUGUUGCAUGAUGUCAUUCUCAGAGUCAACCGACUGUCCACUGCCAGCAAAAAUAAAUCACUGCUUGUUUAAAGAGAGCUAGGAAGGGUGAACAUAAUUCUGACUGUAGAAAACGUGAAGGUACGAUGCACUGAAAUUUGGUUAAUCUGGGUUAUUUAUGCACAGUUUUACAAAUAGUGCUACCAAAGAGCAUAAUGUGUGCUCAAAACCCUUCAUACUAAGCCCCAGGUCUAUUUUUUUACUUUUAUGUUACAGACUGGCUUUUCUGACAAAGUAAUUAUCAAGUUCCAGCAUUAAGCUAAAUCAUUUUUAACAUCUAGAAAUUUAGAAAACCAACAUCGACUGAGAUAAAUGUAUUAAAAACAUUACAUUAGGUUCAAUUUAUCAAAUUGGCCCAAAAAGAAAGAGCCAGAAUUUUGCCAGGUAACAAAUUUUGGCAGAAUGCUUGUUUGUUUGUGAGCUUUUUAUUGUUUAGCUCCAUAAAACCUUUACCCAAAUGAGACCAAAGCUAGACAGAUGCCAGAGGAGGUUACCUCAUAAGACAGAGCUUAUGUUCCAACAUAUCUUCACAUGCUCUCUACAGUGUAUCAGUACAUCAGCUAUGACUUUACUCCUGGGAUAGAUGUGAUUUCGUCACCAUGCCCUUGAAUAGAGUAGGUGCCAUCUGAUUCAUUGGCAGUGUAGUACUGAAAUGUGUAAAUUUGUGGUUAUUAGACUGAAAUCGGCAUUUGUGAGCUUCUAACUAUCUAAGCGAAACAGCAUGUCAGUGUGUAUUGAUGAUAUUGAUUUCCAUUAAAAUUGCUUUCGAUCUCCAACUAAUGGAAAUGGUAAUCACAACCACCUCAGUGCAGAACAGCAGUAAACUAAUGAUGGCUGCAACAAAACUAUAGCUGCCAGCCCAAUAAAUGCCAAGCUUGGCAUUACGGUAACAUCUCAGUUGCAUUUGUUUCUAGCAUUUCUUUUGUCAUUUGCCCUUGUUUGAAGCCUUUUAGUUUUUUUCACAUUUUGUAUGUUUUAUUUUUUUCUAUUUGUAAGAUUUCUGAUGUUUACUGUGUAUAUGGCACAUACAGUUUUAUUAAAUAUGUUGCAGUGUC